AUGGUAGCGGAAAAUCAAGCGCACAAGCACUUGAACCCUCACCCGGGGGGAGCAGAGACACCUUUCAAGCGGACCUGGCAGAACGAGGUUUCCCCGGGGAUACGUCCAGAAAUGGACUCCAUCCUGCGCAAGUGGCUGCCCGGAGUACUUCUUGCCCGAUAUGGAAUUCCGCCUUAA